AGUAAUUUUCCUGUUGUUGAAGAAAGAUGGCUCUCUUUUCCAUAAUUCCUGCUUGUGGUGGUUCGGGGACUCAAGGUUUAUGUUUCAAUCAAUCAGCAUUUUUCUUCGGCAGAGACAGUUUUAGAAUUCAUGCGGAGAAAAACAAGCUCUCUGAAACAUAUAAAGGUCUUUCUGCUUCAGCUUUUCUUUCAUGUUCAAGUUCUUCAGCAUUGAUAUCUUCAUUUGGCUGUCACUGCUGUUGUAAUUCUCGAUAUGGGUUGCUAUGUAAAAAAAGAAUUAGGUCUGGAGUAAAUAAAAGCAGUGGAAAGAAGAGUAAUCUUUUUGACCAAAAAGACAAGGGCAACAUGAAAAAGCGUUUCUCUUUGAGAUUGCGCCCAAGAUUGCGUUUGCUAUCAAUGAGAAUAAAGAAUUUUUCAUUCUGGGCAAUGCUAAAUGAAUUUGGGACUUUCUUGCGUAAAAAUUUGAGAAGUGUAACCCUCUCCACCUCUAUUUCUGUUGCCUUGGGGCUAUGCUACUUGUUUCUCAGAUUAACAGCAAUGCCAUCUCAAAAGAUUGUUCCAUACUCAGACUUGAUAAUGAAUCUUCAGAGUGGGUCUGUGUCAAAGGUUCUGUUUGAAGAGGGAUCUCGGCGUAUAUUCUACAACAUUAAAACUCAGGUUCCUGAGAGUACUCAGUUGGAAUUCCAAUCACCUUCAGGAGAUAUGCCUAGUGUUGCUGAUCGUGAUUUUGUUGGGAAUGAUGAUACUGAAAAUCGAAAGGUGACAGGUGAUAAUUUGUUGAGAAGAUUUUCAAGGACCCGGCCUUCUAUUCCAGAGUGGCAAUAUUCGACUAGGAAGAUAGAUCACGAUGAGAACUUUCUUCUAAGUUUGAUGAGAGAGAAAGGAACUGCUUACAGCUCAGCUCCUCAAUCAGUGCUUAUGUCAAUGAGGAGCAUAUUAAUAACUGUGUUGACUCUGUGGAUCCCUUUAACUCCUUUAAUGUGGUUGUUGUACCGUCAACUUUCUGCUACCAAUAGUCCUGCGAAGAAGCGGCGGCCCAGUAAUCAGACUGUCAGCUUUGAAGAUGUGGAGGGUGUUGAUGCUGCUAAACUGGAGCUCAAGGAGAUAGUUUUGUGUCUGCAAGGGGCUAUCAACUACAGCAAAUUGGGAGCAAAGUUACCCAGAGGUGUCCUGCUUGUAGGGCCACCAGGAACAGGGAAAACAUUACUUGCCCGUGCGGUGGCUGGAGAAGCAGGGGUGCCAUUUUUUACAGUUUCUGCAAGUGAAUUUGUAGAAUUAUUUGUUGGAAGAGGAGCUGCACGCAUUAGAGACCUUUUCAACAUGGCAAGGAAAUGUUCACCGUCAAUAAUAUUUAUUGAUGAGCUUGAUGCAGUGGGAGGAAAGCGUGGUCGUAGCUUUAACGACGAACGGGACCAAACUUUAAACCAGCUGCUGACAGAGAUGGAUGGAUUUGAAUCAGACAUGAAAGUCAUUGUUAUUGCGGCAACUAAUAGACCAGAAGCACUAGAUCCGGCUCUCUGUCGUCCUGGUCGCUUUUCACGAAAAUUAUAUGUGGGGGAACCAGAUGAAGAUGGGAGGAAAAAGAUUCUGGCUAUACAUUUGAGGGAAGUUCCUUUGGAGGAAGACUCUGAUCUUAUUUGCUGUUUGGUGGCAUCUCUUACUGAAGGAUUUGUAGGUGCUGAUCUAGCAAACAUUGUCAAUGAAGCUGCUCUGCUUACUGCUCGCAGAGGUGGUGACACUGUAACAAGGGAAGAUAUCAUGGAAGCUAUAGAAAGGGCAAAGUUUGGGAUAAAUGAUAAGCAGCCAACUCCUAGUACUUUUAGCAAGGAACUUGGUAAAUUGUUUCCCUGGGUGCCAUCUCUGAUAAGAAGGAAUGACAUGAGAGACGACGGGUUGCAAAGCCCUCUUGGCUACCAAACACUCAACUGAUGGGUAUUUCCAUUUCUCUGGCAAGCCCAUGCAUGUUCUUUCCCAUUGUUAA